AUGACUCAGUUGUCCAGCAAGCAGUUAUUGGAGGCUAGAGCCAAUCCCUUCGGAGGCAUGGUCAUCGUGCCUGCCGAGCUACCCUCCGAUGCCACGGAAUUCGCCCAGCGGCUCGAGGUUUCGUUGAAACAGUGGACCGCUGACGGCAUAAAAGCCGCAUGGCUCGAAGUGCCCAUUGCCAAGGCGGCCCUGAUACCCGACGCGGUCAACCAGGGAUUCACCUUUCAUCACAGCUCUGAAGAGUACCUGAUGCUCACCACCAUCCUGCAGGAUGGUGCUUGGGUGCCGCAUUACGCUACGCACUACAUCGGAAUCGGCGGCGUGGUGUUGACUCCGGAACGGGAACUGCUGGUGGUGCGGGAGCUGUAUGGAGUAGCGGGGCGUCCGCCCACGCUGAAGCUGCCCGGCGGCGCCCUUCACCCCAAUGAGAACCUCGCCGAGGCGGUGGAGCGCGAGGUGCUGGAGGAGACGGGCGUGCGGGCCGAGUUCGAGGCCAUCGCCUGCUUCCGCCACUGGCACGGCUACCGGUACGGCAAGUCCGACAUCUACUUCGUCGGCCGCCUCCGGCCCUUGAGCCGGGAGAUCACGAUGCAGGCCGACGAGAUACAGGAGUGCCUCUGGCUGCCGGUGGACGAGUUCCUGUCCCGCGAGGAUAUCAGCAACUUCAACAAGCAGAUUGUCCGCGCCGCCCUCGAGUCAGAGGGAGUGGUGCAGUCAUUCAUCCCCGGAUUUGGCGGCCCCGACACCCGCGAAUACUUCAUGCCCGGCCACCUGGUGGACGGAGAGGGCGUCUGGGCGUAUCCCGGCAGGGACGCCGUGGUAGACGUGCAGUAG